UCACCUGUUGUGUAUUUACAACCAAUAGGGAAAACAAUACGACGCCUCAGGGGUUAGGGCAACCAAUGAGACGGCCGAGAGGGAGUCACGUGAUGAGGGUGUCGGAAGGAGCAAGACGGACGUUUUUGUCGACCAAUAAGCGCAAGGGGAGGGUACGCGGUUGACGAAUCAGAGAACAAAGGCGCUGCUGACGCAACGUUUCCCCUCGUCACGUGACAAGGUCUUGAUGACUCCGGAAAAGCGCGUCAAGCGUCACGUGCCGGGAGUCGCCGCGGGUGGGGGGCGGAGUGGGGCGCUACGGAAGCCGAGAGCGACGCGGCGCGGUGGCGGCGAUGGCUGCGGACGGCGAGCGCUCCCCGCUGCUCCCGGCCGAGUCCGGGGAUGGGAGCGGCGUCGGAGGCUUGGUGGGGCCGGCGGGGCUGGGCUCAGGCACCGCCGCCUCGAACGCUCCGGGGAAGCCGAACCCUCCUCAGGGGUUUCCUUCCUUCGGUGGCAUCAAUGAUGGGGGCCAGGCGGCCGUUUUGCCCGGAGAGGACCCCCCGCCCUACUCUCCGAUGGCCUCCCCAGAGAGCGGCAGUGCUCCCAUGAUCACUUGCAGGGUCUGCCAGAGCCCCAUCAAUGUGGAGGGCAAGAUGCAUCAGCAUGUGGUGAAAUGCAGCGUCUGUAAUGAGGCCACGCCAAUAAAAAAUGCUCCACCUGGUAAAAAGUAUGUGAGAUGCCCGUGCAACUGCCUCUUAAUCUGCAAGGUGACGUCACAGCGUAUUGCUUGUCCUCGGAACUACUGUAAAAGAGUCAUUAAUUUGGGCCCAGUGCAUCCUGGUCCUUUGAGUCCUGAGCCCCAGCCAGUUGGUGUCCGUGUCAACUGUGGCCACUGCAAAAAUAAUUUCUUGUGGACAGAAUUUACAGACCGCACCUUAGCCCGAUGUCCCCACUGCCGGAAAGUCUCCUCCAUUGGGCGCCGCUACCCCCGGAAGAGAUGCUUUUGCUGCUUCCUACUGGGUCUGUUAAUGGCUGUGACAGCAACAGGACUCGCGUUCAGCACAUGGCAGCAAGCCCAGAAGUACAGUGGGAUCUACGCCUCUUGGGCUCUGGUGAUUCUCCUGGCUUUGGUGUGUCUGGGCCGAGCGAUGUACUGGGCCUGCAUGAGGGUCAGCCAUCCUGUCCAGAACUUCUCCUGAGCUUCCUGGAGCUCUUUUCCAUUCCCAGCUGCUGCUGUUGCUGCUGAUGCUUCUCCCAGCAUAUCAUCUGCCAGUCCCACCCACCCUUUUCUUCUUCUCUCCACUUCAGGGCUGGCAUCUUCCGUGCCACCUUCCUGCUGUUCCAGCACCCAUUUUGUUAUCUCAGCUGCUGCAACCCUGCUGCAACUCAGGGUUCCCCCCUAAAGCUGUCACUCUGAGCUUGGCAUGCUACCAGACGUGAACAAUUGCACUUGAAGAACUCAAGAUUGCUUAAGUCUGGGGCUGCCCCGGUGCCAGCAAAAGUUCCCCUCAAAUCCCUUAGGCAACAGAAUCCUGCCUGAACCAAUUUCAAGAGGAGUCAGCUGUGGCUGGAUAUUUUUUUUUCCAGGGGUGGAGAGCAAGAAACUGACAUUCGUUGCUGAGUGCCUCCUUCAGAUGUUGGAACUAUAUGGGGUUGUGCAGGAACAGAUGGGCAGCAGAGUUAGGUGGGAGGUUGAGAUCCUUCAGUUAAAAUAGUCGAAUCCAAGUGGAAACCCCAACAACAAAGGGCUCCUCAGCCACUUGAGCUACACUACAGAGAUUCAGCUGGGACACUGCAAAAGAGCACACAAGAAUCAAUGAACUCAUUCCUGCUGCUGUAACAUUUCUUAGCCGGGGCAGAAUUGGACCAAGCAGUCACUGCUGCAAAGAUCCAUCCCUUGUUCACUGCCCUGCCCUGUCCUGCUGCUGAUCCUUUGUCAUUUGGGCAGCUAUAAAGGACCGCUGAUGAGCUGGGAGGUGAGGCACCUUGUACAAUGAUGGCAAGUUGGAGCCAGAGAUGUGAAUGGCAAACAGCUUGCUGCUAAUUUCCCAUUCCUCUUGGAAGAACUUUGGUUACAUUGUACCCUGGUUUGAGUGCAGUGGAUUCUUCCUUUCUCAAACCUCCUGUCACUUGGUACCACCAAAAUCCAAUCCUAAGGCCUCUCUGCACCUAUUCUGUGACCAGUCCCAAGAUCCAAAGGCCUAAUCCAAAAGAACUUGAGUAGCUUCACAAAAACUUAAUCUUGGGACACUUCCUGCUGUUUUUUCCUUUUCCCCCAUCAACCUUUCCCAUUUUUAAUUAUUUUCCCCUUUGCACAUUCCUUGGUGGAGGACCUUUUCUGCCACUUCUAAGAAACAUAACUUAAAGAGUGGGAUGGGAGGAGGGACCAGCAUCUUAUCCGUUGCCAUGCCACUGAUUUGUGCCUCCAUUAAAAGGAAAAACCCUUCCCAUCACUGCACUGAGACCAUUGAGCUUAACCCAUGUGUUGGGAUAGAAUUCCUUUCCUCUCUUACGCAUCAGUUGGCUUUGUGACUCUAUGAUUUGGUACAGGACAUAAAUGCUCUGUUUGCUUUCCUGCCAAUAAUUCCAUCUUGGGCUUUGCUUUUCUGCUUAAUUUCCAGCCUUCAUUUCUGCAUUUGAUCUGAAAAACUAUUUCCCCCCUCUCCCCAUGCUCCUCCUUCUUCCCAUUCCUGUUCAUAACGUCUCUAGGGGUUGAGCUGGAAGAACUCCAGCCCUUUAGAGAUACUUGGUGUGUGCAGGUACAGGAGAGAAAUGGAUUCAACCCAGGUGGGGAGGCAAGGAGACCCUCAGCAGUGCAACAAAGAAACUGUCUAGUUAAAGGAAAUGUUUCAGUCCAGUUUGUGCCUGUCUGCCUUGGUGUUUCUGUUAACCCAUAUCCCAUCCUUGUCUCAGAUUCUCUUAUUCUCACAUGUCCCCUCAUCCUCCUGGCUUUUGAGCUUGUAGCCUCCGUCUCCUUGCUGUUGCAGCUUGUAUAUACAAAUGAUUAAUGUGUACAUAGAGCUAUUUAAAGAUAACUCCUCCAUGGUGGCUGCCUGCCUGUGUGCCUGCAUUCUCCUCCUCCCUUUUUCUCUCUCUGACACACAGACUUUCUCCUCCUUCAACCAUGAUUAAACUUGUCUGGCGCUCCUUUCCUUCUCUCCACAGGCCAAAGGAGGAAUGAACAAAAAUGAUUGGAUGAUUGUAAAUAAAAGUAGAGAUUCCAUAGA